AAGAGUCACAAGCGGCGGGGAGCACAGAGCGGAGCCUCCUAGCGGCACAGAGACACAGACCCUCCCCGCCAGAGAGCUCAGACCGGCCGCCAACAUGACUGCAGACGUGGCGGUGUCUCUUACGGUGCUCGUGGGGAUCGUCGCGCUGAGCGAUGCGACCCGCAGGUUGUUGACCAGGGCCCUCGCGGACACCGGGCUUUCCGUGUAUGCGGUGGAGCUCGUGUCUACCUUCCAGCUGUGCUGCUGCACGCACGAGCUAAAGCUGCUCUCGGAGGUGGGCGGGAUCGAGCCUCAACUCGCGCUCACCUUGACGUACCUGGCGUCCGUUGUUCAUGGGCUCACCUUCAGCGGGGCCAUCGGUAACCCCUCUGGUGCGCUCGAGCACGCUUAUCACGCGAGGCUCUCAGGGGGGUGCGCCCUGCGCCGGAUCGUGUGCCAGUUCGCCGCGGCUGCCGCAGCGCGAUUUGCGGCGCCGGUGAUCUGGGGUAUCGGGUUGUCUGGACUGCACAUGCGGCACAAGCUGCUCGGUUACCGGUGCAUCAGCCCCAUUCACGCUCCGCUGCUCAAGGCCGCCGCUGUGGAGCUCGCGUGCGCCUUUGCAGUUCAGACUGCUGUAACGCACACGCGAAUGGUGGAGGCGAAAUACCGCGUGCACGCUGUAGCUGCGGUCAUCGCAACAGUAGUUUAUGCAGGUGGCAGUGUGACAGGAGCAGUGUUUAACCCUGCGUUGGCCUUCUCCACACAGUUCCCCUGCAGUGGACACUCCUUUCUAGAGUACUGCCUGGUCUACUGGCUGGGCCCACUGCUGGGUAUGAUGAGUUCCGUGCUGCUGUUUGAUAAGCUCAUCCCUCUGCUGACGAGGAAAUCAACGGCUCUCCAUCUCCCCCUGGAGACCAAGAAGAGGACAUGA